AUGAAAGCCCGAUAUCCCAUGCACGAUGAUCUCAGCAGGCCCACCAUGAAUAGUAGCAAAAGUGGGCAGCCCACACGUCAUGGCCUCGACCACAGUCAGCCCAAAGGCCUCGUAAAAAGCAGGCUGCACGAAAGCCCCCUUUGUAUCCGCAAUAUAACGGUACAGCUCGCCAUUUCUAACACGGUGUCGAUAAGGUCGUACAUUUUCUUCAUCUCGGCUUGUUCUUCGAUGUCCUUCGACUCCUUGCGGCGGUCCCCACCGACCACGACGAGGUUGGCGAGUUCUCGAAAAUUGCAGAAACAGGAAGGAUCUUCUCAAGCUUUGUCAAGAAUUAGAUUAAACAUAAGAGAUAUAACAUUUUUGCAAUCAAUCCAUAUUGAUGAAGACUUACAGAUGCUCCUCGUUUUCAACGUCGCUAAAGAGAAGCUCCUCGAUUUCAGGGUGGAGAGCACAAUCUCUUGGAAUGUGCUGGUUAUGAUGAAGUCAGUGUGGUUCAUCGCGUACAGGUCAGCGGUGAACUGGCAUGAGAAGUGGUACUUGUCGUCAAACUUUUUAAGUCUCCAUAUACGGCCAAACCUCAAAACGCGAGAUCCAUUUUCGAACAAUUCCCUUCUCUGUCCUGAAUGGAACGCGUAUGAUAUGCGAAUGCUCGGUUCCGAAUACUUUCUCCAGCCUUUGGCCGCAAGUGGUUCCAACUGCAUCCGGAAGCAGUCGAGUCACCUAUAA